UCGCACCCCACAAACUUGUACACAAAGCAGGAAAGAGAGAGAAAAGGGCUAAAAGGCCGAGGAGAUGAUGCAGGAGAGCAUGCUCUCGGCUCGACGGUCUCCGCCGAGCCAGGAGGAGGAUGACGGAGACGACGAGUCCAAGAUCCGGAAGCACGCCUUCCUCGCCGCCCGGAUCUCUAUGCACGCCCGGCUUGCUUCCGCCUCGCACUGCCUCGCCGUCUCCCUCUCUCUCCUUCUCCUGCUCCUCGUCGCCUCCUUCUUCCUCUCCCGCUCGCGCCCCGUGAUCUGUGUCCCCGCCUACGAUUCCAUCGCCCGCACCACCCUCUUUGAGGCCAGCCUCGAGGGCCUCGCCUCCGAUUUCGGAUCCCUUGGCGUUCCCUGGUGCAGAUCGAAACACGGCAAAACAGUAGAAUGGACGACAAAGGAUCUACUCAAAGGCUUGGAAGAGUUUGUACCGAUCUAUGAGACCCGUCCAAUUAAGAACAACAUGUAUGGGAUGGGCUUUGACCAUAGCUUCGGACUCUGGUUCAUGGCCCGUUGGCUGAAGCCAGAUCUGAUGAUUGAGAGUGGUGCUUUCAAAGGACAUUCGACAUGGGUCCUUCGACAAGCAAUGCCAGGGACACGGAUUAUAUCGCUGUCACCCCGACACCCAGAGAAGUAUCUGAAGAAGGGGCCCGCCUAUGUGGAUGCAAACUGCACUUACUUCAGUGGGAAGGAUUUUUUGGAUUUUGGAAGUGUCGACUGGGGGAAUGUUAUGAGGAAGCAUGGGAUUUCAGAUCUCAGUCGGGUGCUUGUAUUCUUUGAUGAUCACCAGAAUGAACUAAAAAGAUUAAAACAGGCACUGAAAGCUGGAUUCCGGCAUCUUAUAUUUGAGGAUAACUAUGAUACUGGAACUGGAGAUCAUUAUUCCCUAAGGCAAAUCUGUGAUCAAUUUUAUAUUAGAGGUGGCGGGCAUAGCUGCUUCAAAGAUAGUGAUGAGGCAAGAAUAAGGAUGAAAAGAAAAAGGUUCUGGGAGAAGGCUGUUGAUGUUGAUGUACUAUGUGGGGAGGGGGAAGCAUGGUGGGGUGUUAAAGGAUACAUGCGUGAUGACUUUAAUCACAGCAAUAAGGCAAUAUCCUAUGCAGAACAUUUUCAAAAUAGCAGGUUUGUGGAGUCAGUGUUGGACGUAUAUUGGGAGCUCCCACCAGUGGCCGGUCCCUCCCUUACCCAUCAAACUAGAUAUGACCCUUCUCGUGCACCUGAUCCAAUUGUUGAAGAUGGAACGUAUGGUUUAUUUCGGAGGCUUGGUCUAGCAAGACUUGAAACCUCAGUAUUUAAUGGAUACACACAGAUGGUAUAUCUUCAAAUAUCCGCCCCGACCUCUUAAGUAUAUGGGGUCUUGUCAUUGAUGUGCGCUGGAUCCAAAAAAAAAAAAAUGGUGGGCUCGAGUUUUGUAUGGCAUAUGGAAUCUAUGAUCUAUUUCAUCUUGUUAAAAUUGUUUCUUCUUUACUCAUGCAUGUUUACUCCUACCUUUUGUAAAUACAUGUUUUCCAUUUUAAUAGAUUUGCAACAUCAGUGUCAUUAAUAAUGUACUCUUAGAGUUCUGAUUUGUACGUUAAUAUCCUGAUUAUAGUUUAGCCUUUUAGCCUUCAG